AUGGCAGCAGUCGACCAGCGCGACAUCUACGAUUCAAUGACUAUGCAGUCAGACAGCGAGACAUACGACCAGCCUGAGAUCUCAUCACCCUCAUCGCCAUCCUCAGACUCCGCAUCACCUCUGAUCCUGUACUCCCCACCCACCUUCUGGGGCUUGGUGCGGGGCGCCGCCAUCAACCUGCUUCUACCUUUCGUCAACGGCCUGAUGUUGGGCUUUGGUGAGCUGUUCGCAAACGAGCUCGCCUUCCGGUUUGGCUGGUCCAACACAAAGGUGCGUUAUGCUGUCAGAGUUAAGAUCGAAGCGAUUCCUGACCCAAAACUANNGGUCUUCCCCACCCACAGACGAGUUGGACCCGGCGUCGAGAUGCGAACAGAUCCUGUCGAGAAGAGAAGACGCAACGGCCAAGAGCUGGAUGCCUACACGAGCUUGGAAUAG